AUGGACUACUCUGGAGAAGUACCCCACUCGGAACACCUCAUUGUGCGCGGAACGGAACCAUUCAACGCAGAGCCCACUGCCGCCGCUUUGGUGGAGUUCCCCAUCACCCCCGAAGACCUUGUUUACUGCCGCAACCACAGUCCGGUCCUCGAUAUCGACGAGUCUACAUGGUCUGUUCAGGUCAAUGGCGCUGAGAGGUCCCGCUCAUUCACUCUCGAGGAGCUUCAAACCAAGUUCCCUCGAGUCGAGGUAGUGGCGGCACUCCAGUGUGCUGGUAACCGGAGGAAGGAGAUGGACCAGGUGAAGCCCGUCAAGGGUAUCCUCUGGUACGACGGCGUCAUCGCCAAUGCCCGCUGGGCUGGCGUCCGUGUCCGCGAUAUCCUCCAAGCCUCGGGUGUAGAGUCGGAGUCCUUGCAAGGGUGGCACGUGUGCUUCACGUCCAACGUCACUCCGUGCCAAGACGAUAGGGACUAUGGAGGCUCGGUCCCUCUGAUGACUGCCAUGGAUCUUGCAGGCGAUGUGCUUCUCGCAUACGAGAUGAACGGUCAACGCCUGUCUCCCGACCACGGAUACCCAUUGCGUGUAGUCGCGCCAGGAUACCUCGGCGCGCGCUGGGUCAAGUGGGUAGACACUAUCACGGUAUCUCCGAACGAGUCCCUCAACUUCUACCAACAACGCGACUACAAAGUCCUUCCCGAAGACGUCGACACCCCUGAAAAGGCUGGUCCCGUCUGGGCGAAGACGCCCUCGCUCACCACGCUGCCCAUCAACUCCGUCGUCGCCUCCGUCACCCGCCGCGGCACAGGCGCUAUUCACGUCAAGGGCUACGCCAUCGGUAGCGGGGACGUACAGAUCGCCACCGUUGAAGUGUCGAUCGACGACGGCGCAUCGUGGAUCCCCGCGAAGAUCACGUACCAGGAGGGCAAGUGGAGCUGGACGCUGUGGGAGGCGACGCUGGAGGGCGUGUCGGACGGGGGCGUGGUGUUCAGUCGUGCGGCGGACCGCUUGGGAAGGCGGCAGGAGAGGGAGGGGAGUUGGAAUCUCAGGGGCGUGGCGUAUAACCCGUGGGGGAGGGGGAAGUGGUAG